CAUAUUAAAAAUUUAUUGAUCGAGUACAUAUAAUUUAUUCAUAAAAAUAAGGUUACAAAACACAUGCCAUAACUAAUUAUUUUGUGAAAUUCAUAAAGCUAUAGUUUAUUGCGAUGUCGCCCUGGUCGGUAGUCCAUGUUAUUCGGACAACGAGUUCUUGUAGGUCGACCGAUUUGUGUCCUCGCUCGUGCAGUUGUUCUCACUAUCUCGUAUCCUGGAGUAGGCCAUUCGGCCUCAUCGGGAAGCGGCAUUAUGAUGCCCGAAUAAGCAUUGAUGCCACGAUCCGGUAUCAAGACGACGGGCACCAAGGCAAGGUGCCCAUCGAUCUUUGGAGGAUUUUGAGUCGUUCCCCGAAGUGGCAACAACUCAACAAUCCUGACGGCGGAUCGUUCCGGAAAAGAUCCACCGUCGACGCCGAGGUUGAGGUCGACAAGACUAUCGGUUCAACCGAUCAAAUCCCUCCCUUCAACGUUGCGGAUUCCGAUGACGAGGACCCCAUUCCACGACCGAUCGGAAGAAAGAAGGCAAAAUCCAUUGUCUCUGGUUUGGGAGGGUCCGCCUCUGUUUCCGCUUCUUCCCGCAACGAAAUCGGCCGGGAAAUGGUUGAACAACUUCGGGUGUUCAAUCUCCGAGAACAAGAGAGGUUGAAGCUAAAUGAGAAAGAGUUGAAGCUAGCUAAAGAAGCAGGAGGCCGAGAUGAAAGUCAUGCAAACCGACCCCGGGACGUUGUCGGAGAUUGGACGAAUGAUCUACGAGCAAAGAAUAAGAGAGAUCAAGGAGAAAUAUAAUUUACCUUAGUUUUUUAUUAAUGUAUCUUUUUUUUAAUUAU